GACUCAACCCGGAACGACUUUGUUUUGAUUUGUCAGUCAGCUGUCAGCAAACUCUUCAUGCCGCCGAUUCUACCUUUUAAUUACAUUUAACGAAAAUAGGUCGAUUUUUUUUACAUCCAUUCUGUGGAACUUGAGGUACGUGGUCUAUAUUCGUGUGACUGGCUUGGCAUUUUGAGCAGCUUAUCCGCCAUCAUGGAGGAGCCCACAGCUUCCGGUGUGUUCUGCAGCAGGAUGCUGAGCAUGGUGAACUCCGAGGACGUCAACGCCAUCAUCCAGGCUCAGAGACACAUGCUCGACCGCUUUGAGAAAACCAACGAAAUGCUCAUCAACUUCAACGGGCUGUCCAACGUGCGGCUGCAGCAAAUGAACGAGCGCUUCCUGCUGCACACCCGGACGCUCGUGGAGAUGAAGAAAGAUCUGGACGGCGUCUUCCGAAGGAUCAGGACGCUAAAAGGCAAGAUUGGCAAGCAAUAUCCUGAAGCUUUUAGUAACGUCCACAAGUCGCCCAGCUCGGAGGACGACGACGACGACGACGACGACUUGGACCCGGCGCCCCCGAGCGGCGCCACCACCGUCACGACAGUUACCUCGGGUCAGAGCACAGACUCCUGCGACACCAGCCCGGACGUGGUCUCGCCCGCCGCCAGCAGGUGUUCCGAAGAGCUGUCUCAGGGAGCGUCCGACACGCCCACCUCUGACGCCCACCACACGGCCGGCCUCCAGGACGAGGGUCCCGACUCUGAGCCCGCUGAGGAGUAACUAGGUGUUAGUCCGCUUAUCAUAUUGCAUGUGAAGGUACUGUUUACACACGUUAACAUGCUAAAGUCAUUGGGGAUGAUGUCAUCAUGUAAACUUUCAGUGUUAAAAUCAUGAAAUAUAUUAUUGUGUGAAUGCUGCAAAACAUUCACUCAUGUUUUACACACCAAAAUUCUUCUAUUUAUUAUUAUUAUUAUUAUUAUUCUCCAGGUUUUGGCACGCUCUACCUUCCACGUUUUGCACCCGAUUCAAAGCGUUCCGACUUCAAACUGGUCAGCUUGUUUGGGAAUCGCGGGCUUUCUCUUGAAAAAUUCCAAAAAUUCACAGAUUUCCCAGAAUUCCAGGUUUUCCCGGGACAUUUUUCCCCAUUCAAAAUUAAUUGGCCAUUUUUCAAACUUCCACCAUUUCCACAUUUUUCAACAGAUUCCAAACAUUCCACAUUUCACCAUCCUGGAAAUUCAAACUAUAAUUUUUCCAAGUUAAAAAAAAAUUCCAGUAAUUCCCAGAAUUCCCUUUUUUUCAAACCAUUUUUUUACCCUUUUUUCUGGCGACUAUUUCUUCCACAUUUUUCAACCCACUUCAACCGUUCCACCGUCUAAAAAUUCCUCUUAAUCAGAACAAAAAAACAAAGUUUUUUUUUUUUAACUGGAACAUUUCCCGAAAUUCCUGGAAUUCCUUAAUACCAUUUCUCAAUUAAAAAUGUUACUACUUCAACAUUUCUCGACCGAUUUGAAAAAUUCCAUCACCAACCACUUCAACUCAUUCAAUCCUUUUAAAAUUGUCCCCAAAAGUCCCGCUUUUCCCGAAAUUCCCAAAUUUCCAUGAAAUUCCCAUUAAAAGAAUGGGACAUUUUUCAAAGUUCCACCAUUUCCACAUUUUUUCAACCUAUUCAAACCAUUCCACCUUCAACACAUUCUACUCAUCCUGGAAAUUCAAACUAUCAUUUUUCCAAGUUAAAUUUUUUUCCAGGAAUUCCCAUAAUUCCCUUUUUUUCAAACCAUUUUUUUUACCCUUUUUUCUGGUGACUAUUCCUUCCACAUUUUUCAACCCACUUCAAGCGUUCCACCAUCAAAACAUUCCUCUUAAUCAGGACAAAAAACAAUGUAGUUUUUUUAACUGGAAAAAUUCCCGCUUUCCCCGAAAUUCCCAAAUUUCCAUGAAAUUCCCAUUGAAAUUAAUGGGAAUUUUUUGUAAGUUCCACAAUUCCCACAUUUUUCAACCGAUUCAAACCAUUCCACCUUCAACACAUUCCACUCAUCCUGGAAAUUCAAACUAUAAUUUUUCCAAGUUCAAAAAAAUUCCAGGAAUUCCCUUCUUUUCCAAACCCUUUUUUCACCCUUUUUUCGGCGACUACUCCUUCCACAUUUUUCCACCCACUUCAACCGUUCCACCGUCCAAACAUUCCUCUUAAUCAGGACAAAAAACAAAGUUGUUUUUUGAACUGGAAAAAUUCCCGAUUUUCCCGAAAUUCCUGGAGUUCCUUAAUACCAUUUCUCAAUUAAAAUGUUACUAUUUCAACAUUUCUCAACCGAUUUGAAAAAUUCCAACACCAACCAUUUCAACUCAUUCAGAACAUUCAAGUAUAUUAACAUUUUCCCAAAAAUUCCCGAAAUUCCCAUUGAAAAUGAAUAGGACAUUUUUCAAACUUCCACCAUUUCUACAUUUUUUCAACCUAUUCAAACCAUUCCACCUUCAACACAUUCCACUCAUCCUGGAAAUUCAAACUAUCAUUUUUCCAAGUUAAAUUAUUUUCCAGGAAUUCCCAUAAUUCCCUUUUUUUCAAACCAUUUUUUUUACCCUUUUUUCUGGCGACUAUUCCUUCCACAUUUUUCAACCCACUUUAACCGUUCCACCAUCAAAACAUUCCUCUUAAUCAGGACAAAAAACAACAUUGUUUUUUUAACUGGAAAAAUUCCCGCUUUCUUCCCAAAUUUCCAUGAAAUUCCCAUUGAAAUUAAUGGGAAAUUUUUCCAAGUUCCACAAUUCCCACAUUUUUCAUCCGAUUCAAAACAUUCCACCUUCAACACAUUCCACUCAUCCUGGAAAUUCAAACUAUCAUUUUUCAAAGUUCAAAAAAAUUCAAGGAAUUCCCAGAAUUCCCUUUUUUUUUUCAAAACCCUUUUUUCAACCUUUUUUAUGUUGACUACUCCUCCCACAUUUUUCAACCCACUUCAACCGUCCCACCGUCCAAACAUUGUUCUUAAUCAGGACAAAAAAAAAAAGACGUUUUUUUUACUGGAAAAAUACUCGGUUUUCCCGAAAUUCCAGGAAUUCCUUAAUACCAUUUCUCAAUUAAAAAUGUUAAUACUUCAACAUUUCUCGACCGAUUUAAAAAAUUCCCACACCAACCAUUUCAACUCAUUCGGAACAUUCAAGUAUUUUAACAUUUUCCAUGAAAUUCCCAUUGAAAAGAAUGGGACAUUUUUCAAAGUUCCACAAUUCCCACAUUUUUCAUCCGAUUCAAACCAUUCCACCUUCAACACAUUCCACCAUUUUUCAAGGAUUUUUUAAAAUACCGUAACUAAAUAAUUAAAAAUGUUUUUUCAAAUUUAAUGUGAGCAUGUGGUUACUAACCUCCACUUUGGUGGAAAAGGUAAUGCGUCUCAAAACCUGUUCCACUUGCCCGUUGUCUCUCAAGGUUUUCUUAUUUUUUGCUCCUUUGGGGACAAAUGUCCAAAUAUUUUUUAAAUACUGUAACUAAAUAAUUAAAAAUUACAUUUUUUUCUAAUUUAAUGUGAGCAUUCUUUGCUUUGUGCUUGGUUACUAACCUCCACAUUGGUGGAAAAGGUAAUGAACAAAAAAUCGUUUGUAAAGUUUGUAAUGUUUUGUUUGCGAAUUAAAGUUAAAAAAAAUAUAUAAUAUAACCGUGUCUUCCCUUGGCGUGCGAGCACCCACCGCUAGUGGGCGCUACGUCAAAAAUGUGUGCGGUUUUCUUCCCAAAACAGGAAGUCUCAAAACCUGUUCCACUUGCCCGUUUUUCUUAACUUUUUGUUCCUUUGGGGACAAACAAAGUUUAAAAAAAAAAAAAGACUAUUGUCAUGUCCAAAUAUUUUUCAAAUACUGUAACUAAAUAAUUAAAAAUGACCUUUUUUUCUAAUUUAAUGUGAGCUUUCUUUGAUUUGUGCUUGGUUACUAACCUCUACUUCGGUGGAAAAGGUAACGAACAAAACAAUUAUUUUUUCCAAAAAAUCGUCAGUACAGUUUGUAAUGAUUGUUUACAAAUUAAAGUAAAAAUAUAUAUAAUAUAACCGUGUCUUACCUUGGCGUUUGCGAGCACCCACUGCUAGUGGGCGCUAAGUCCAAAUGUGUGUGCUUUUCUUCCUAAAACAGGAAGUCUCAAAACCUGUUCCACCAAUAGACAUCUUAUAAGGGUACGCAGCAUGGAGCGCUACUGGCGCUGACGAGACGCGGGGCCGCCAUCUUGGAGUGGUGAUCUGCUCCACUCAGUGCAAUUCAUUUGGCAGGAGCAAUGAACGGUCAGUGCAUUUAAUUCAUUUUACCUCAAUGAAUACCACUGAUUUUCACACGGUUUUUGGUCAUACGUGUAGCUAUGAUAAAGGACACAUGUUUUAUUAUUCAUAGUUUGCCUAAAAGUAAUAGAAUAUUCUUAUAUGCUAUAAGUUACCAGACGUCCGAGAUCAAAACUGGGAAUAUAAUCCCAGAGAAGGGGGAAAAAAAAGUCAGCUAUUUUUAAAUUCAAGAAACAAUAUGAUUAGGUUAUAUAUACAUGCGUAUAUCCUACAUAAACAAUGUAUGAAUACAUUAGAUAUCUAUAUAUCUUGGGGACCUAUUGUAUCUCUGUUGCUGCAGCAGCAGAGAGUUUAUUCUGUCUUGACACUUUGUAUUGAUAUUUUGUAUUACAUUCUUCCCUUAAAUGAUCAUGUUUACAGUGAUUGUUUUAUAUUUUAUUUGUAUGUUGCUUUGGAUAAAAGCCUCUGCCAAGUACUUAAACAUAAACCUAUAUAAACACCUGAAAGUCUUUAUAUCAGCUAAAACCACCAAUC